GUUUCUUGUAGUGCUUGAGAUUCCACUUCUAUUGUUCUGCUGAUUUGUUGCACCAGCAGCUCUCCUCAAACAGGCCGGUUAACUUUCGGUCAACGUUAAAGAAGCAGUUGGGCCUUCGGCAAAUGGAAGGAGCAGGAAGUAAGCUCCUUCGGUUAAAUGGGCACAGCAAGGCGACACAAUGGCAUUUCUUGUUCAAGGCUGCAUCCUGAAUGACCAUCUCAAGAACCAAAAUGGAUGGGCAGCAUCGUGUUGGAGUUGUACUGGAAACACGCGCCUAAAACCUGCAAGAACUUCGCUGAGCUGGGCAGGAGGGGAUAUUACAACACCACCAAGUUUCACCGUAUCAUUAAAGACUUUAUGGUGCAGGGAGGCGACCCUACAGCAACUGGCCGUGGUGGUGCAAGUAUAUAUGGAAAACAGUUUGAGGAUGAGCUUCAUCCAGAGCUGAAAUUCACAGGUGCUGGAAUCCUUGCUAUGGCUAACGCAGGCCCGGACACAAAUGGGAGUCAGUUCUUUUUGACUUUGGCCCCCACACAGUGGCUCGAUGGCAAGCACACUAUAUUUGGGAGAGUUUGCCAAGGCAUGAGUGUUGUCAGUCGAAUUGGAAUGGUGGAGACAAACAGUCAAGAUCGUCCUAUUGAGGAGAUAAAAAUACUCCGGGUGACUCUGCCUAACUGACAUGUUGGUCAAAUUUUGUACAGUAUUGUUUUUUUGAAACAAUAAAUCAGUAUUUUGUAAUGUUUUUAAA